AUGGCGUCCUUCGCCGAGACCGGCGACCCCGAGGACGCGGCGCGCGCGUCGCUGGGGUCGGACGAGGGCGCGGGGAACCUCCACGACGACUUCCGCACGGCGCUGGAGAAGAACGCCGACAUCCAGCCGAGCAAGAUCGGCAAGCUCAUCGCUCACGUGCCGACGCCGAACCUGAAAAAAGCGAUCACGAAGAACCUGAAGCGGCCCGAGCGCAAGGACCGGGAGAACAUCAAGGGCAAGGUCAUCGACGGGAAGCACGAGCAGUACGUGCUCACGCUGGGCAUGAUGAUGGGCAUCCGCCAGACGUUGUUGAGCCAGGCGAACGACAUCGACGCGGACACGGCGGCCGCGGCGCCGCGGCCCGAGGCGCUGGCCGUCGGGGACUUUUUGGAGUGCCGCAAGUACGUCUUCCCGCCCAAGGGCUCGUCGACGACGCCGCCCCACAGCCUCGCGCACACCUUCAAGUUCAAGGACUACGCGCCCGAGGCCUUCUCGCGGAUCCGGGACAUCUUCGACGUGCGGAAGACGGACUACAUCACGUCCAUCUGCGGCACGCAGUACUUUUUGAACUUCAUCUCGAACUCCAAGUCGCAGCAGUACUUCUUCUACAGCCACGACGGCAAGUUCCUGAUCAAGACGCAGACCCAGGAGGAGGUCAAGUUCCUCCGGCGCAUGCUGCCGGCCUACUACGCGCACCUGAAGAAGCACCCGGGGUCGCUCAUGACGCGCUACCUGGGCAUGAGCCGCAUCAAGUUCUACCACCUGCGGCGCAAGGUGCGCUUCGUCGUGAUGCACUCGGUGCACCCGACGCCCCUCCACGUGCACCGGACCUACGAC